UGCCCGCGCCCCCGCCCCUCGGACCGGGCUCCCGGAGCGGGGCGCCCCGCGCGCGGGCACUCGGCGGCCAGAGCGCCGAGGCGGUACCUUCAGCCGUGCAAUGAGAGGAGCCCGGCAGGACCAACCCGAGGCGGCGGAGAGGGUGGCUGCGACUGGGGCUGCUGCCGCCGCCGCCGCCGCCACCGCGGCUGUCGAAACUCCCCAAAGUUGAGAGCCUGCGAGAGGCUGCCGCCCGCCGGGAGCAAGAGAGAAAGGAACUUGGAACGUGCAAGUGACAGGCGCGGACAGACAGACGCGCAGACCUUCAGAAGACACCACUGCCGGCGGCCUGUCCCCGGAGCCCGAGAGGCUUCCCAGCUCGUUCACUGGUGGGAGUCUGGGCUGGUGGAAAGGCGCCGGGAAGAGGCUCCGAGGCGACCAUAAUGUCUUUACGUUUACACACACUGCCCACCCUGUCUGGAGUUGUCAGACCGGGCUGCAGGGAGCUGCUGUGUUUGUUGAUGAUCACGGUGACUGUGAGCCCGGGUGCCUCUGGGGUGUGUCCCACCGCUUGCAUCUGUGCCACCGACAUUGUCAGCUGCACCAACAAAAAUCUGUCCAAGGUGCCUGGAAACCUUUUCAGACUGAUUAAGAGACUGGAUCUGAGUUAUAACAGAAUUGGGCUUCUGGAUUCUGAGUGGAUUCCGGUAUCGUUAGUAAAGCUGAACACCCUAAUUAUUCGUCAUAACAACAUCACCAGCAUUUCCACGGGCAGUUUUUCCACAACUCCAAAUUUGAAGUGUCUUGACUUAUCAUCCAAUAAGCUGAAGACAGUGAAAAAUGCAGUGUUUGAAGAGUUGAAGUUUCUGGAAGUGCUCCUGCUUUACAACAAUCACAUUUCCUAUCUGGAUCCGUCAGCGUUUGGAGGGCUUUCCCAAUUGCAAAAACUAUACCUAAGUGGAAACUUUCUCACGCAGUUUCCUAUGGAUUUGUAUGUUGGACGGUUCAAGCUGGCUGAACUGAUGUUUUUAGAUGUUUCUUAUAACCGGAUCCCUUCCAUGCCAAUGCACCAUAUAAACUUAGUGCCAGGAAAACAGCUGAGAGGCAUCUACCUUCAUGGAAACCCAUUUGUCUGUGACUGUUCCCUGUACUCAUUGCUGAUCUUUUGGUAUCGAAGGCAGUUUAGCUCAGUGAUGGAUUUUAAGAACGAUUACACCUGUCGCCUGUGGUCUGACUCCAAGCACUUCCAUCAAGUGCUUCUGCUCCAGGAGAGCCUUAUGAAUUGCUCUGACAGCAUCAUUAAUGGUUCCUUCCGUGCACUUGGCUUUAUUCAUGAGGCUCAGGUCGGGGAAAGGCUGAUGGUCCACUGUGACAGCAAGACUGGUAAUGCAAAUACUGAUUUCAUCUGGGUGGGUCCAGAUAACAGAUUGCUGGAGCCGGAUAAAGAGAUAGAAAACUUUCACGUGUUUCACAAUGGAAGUCUGGUUAUAGAAAGCCCUCGUUUUGAGGAUGCUGGAGUGUAUUCUUGUAUUGCAAUGAAUAGGCAACGCCUGUUAAAUGAAACUGUGGAUGUCACAAUAAACGUCAGCAAUUUCACCAUCAACAAAUCCCAUGCUCAUGAGGCAUUUAACACAGCUUUUACUACUCUUGCCGCCUGCGUGGCCAGUAUUGUUUUGGUACUUCUGUACCUUUAUCUGACCCCAUGUCCCUGCAAGUGUAAAACCAAGAGACAGAAAAAUAUGCUAAACCAAAGCAAUGCCCAUUCAUCCAUUCUCAUUCCCGGCCCGGCUAGCGAUGGCUCUGCUGAUGAACGGAAGGCAGGUGCAAGUAAAAGAGUGGUCUUUUUGGAGCCCCUGAAGGAUACCGCAGCAGGGCAGAAUGGGAAGGUCAGGCUCUUUCCCAGUGAGACGGUUAUAGCUGAGGGCAUCUUAAAGUCCACAAGGGUGAAAUCCGACUCGGAUUCAGUCAAUUCAGUGUUUUCAGACACACCCUUUGUGGCGUCCAGUUAAUUCUGUGCCUGUAUUUGUAUGAUGUAAUUUAAUCUCUCCAUAUUUAACUUUGUGUGUGGUCUACGAAAUAAACAGCAGGACAGAAAUCAUGUUGUUUUUUCUGUUUUUUGUUUUUUAAAUACAACCACAUGGUCGCUUAAAAUGGUUGACAGGAAAUGAAGUAAAGUACUCUGGUUCUUCAAUGUGCCAAAGAAAGAUGGGGUUGUUUCCAAAGUUUAAAUUCUAGAUAACAAUAUCAUGAUCUUUAGCACCAUUAAUAAUUUCAGAGCUGGUCUGGAGGUGAUAUGACUCACAUUGUUCCUCUUUUCAGGAUUCUUAAAAGAAAAAAUAGACUUUAUGUGUUAGUGUUCUUUAAAAAUAGACUUUGCUAACUUAUUAGGACCAAAGUUGAGUUAUUUUACAGACAAGCAUUAGUACUAUUGUAUUUUUAAAAGUUGUAGAAGGAAGAAUCAACCAAUUGUUUAUAAAGCAGGAAGUAAACUUCAAUUUGGUAAUGUCUUAGUCAAAAGCAUUAUUUCAGACCAGAGUGAACAGACUACACUGGUAAAAUUUACUGGAUAAUGCCAUAUCCUCUCUGGUGUUAGAUAAAUAGUGCAAGAAAGGUAGAUGUGUUUGUCUUCUUUCCGUUCUGUAUCUUUGUACAAAAGAUCUCAUUGAAAGAUUAAAGUCAUUGUUAUUUGUUGCCAUAAAUAUAUAGAUGUCAACACCAAAAUGUCUGAGUAACUUCCUAAACUUUUGUUUUGGCAGAUUGAUAUUUGUUCAUAUGCUUGUGUAUAUGUAAAUCUUAAAUUAUAUGAACUAUUAAAUAGACCUUACUGUACUGUGCUUUGGACAUGUGAACUAAUGUAAAUAUACGUAUUCCGUGACUUGAUGUUUUGUUUUAUUUGUCUUUUAAAAACAUUCAUCUAAGAUGUUUUAUGUGAUCA